AUGCCGCCAAACGCGAUUGUGAAACUCAAAGAGUGGAUCUCUCCCAAAGGCGACCGCAAUGUCAGCCGGAUCCUGAGGCGGCGAGGGAUGAUUGCAUUCUUGUGGAAAAACCUAUCGUCUUUGACAGUGACACUACUCGUGCUUGGACAUCUCUGGUUUUUUGUCAUUCCUUGGCCGGGACUCGGUCAAAGGACGUAUAUUGACGAGAAUGCGCUGCAGCCAGGACAAGUUCAUACAUAUUGGAACUGGGGUGACGUCCACCGCGCGGAUCAAUACUUGAAAGAAUUAGAAGCAUUGCAUGUGAAGAAUGCCACGAGUGAGGUAAUUGCAUCUUUCAUUGCCAUUGAAUUUGAAAAAAUGGGUAUAUCCGCAUCUACCCAGCGUUAUUCCUUCACGACUGGCUCGGGGUCGAGAAACGGAACAAACGCCUACGCUGUGCUUUCAUCCCCUCGCGCCUCUGGAACAGAAGCCAUGGUAAUCAGUGCCUCGUGGCUGAGCAGGACAGGAGAAGGCGAUGGCACCCUGAAUUUGCGAGGCGUAUCGACAGUCCUUUCCCUGGCUAAUUUUCUUAAAGGAUACUCAUUAUGGGCAAAGGACCUAGUUUUCGUAGUGAGCGAUGGCUAUCUGGAAGGAAUGCAGGCCUGGAUCACCGCAUACCAUGGUGCAUCGCAGUCAAACUUGCAAGCUGAACGCCUGAGAUUGAUGUCGGGUGUCAUUUGGACGGCUUUAAAUAUCGAUUACCCUGGUCACUCGUUCUCUCACCUUGGUGUCUUCUUUGAGGGUCUCAAUGGCCGUCUUCCAAACCAAGACCUGAUCAACUCAUUUCAUGUAAUUUCACGUCAUACGGGAGGUGUCCCCAUGCUUGUGUACGACCAUCUCGAUCCUCGGGAGUCCCCCACUACCAUGGACGAGCUCAACGGCAUUCCCGUCUGGGUACCGAACAUUAUCAAGCACGAUGAAGUAGUCAAUGACUACAUAUAUCGCGCUAGAAAUUUUUUCCGACAUGUAGGCUACCAAGCUCGUGGCAGGGCCAGCGGUGUUCAUGGAUUGAUGCAUCGAUUCCGCAUUGACGCAAUUACUCUCUUUGCUGUGCCCGCGUCGGGACCCCAUGGAUUCCAUGCUAUUGGCCGUAUCGUGGAGUCCACGCUUAGGACGACCAAUAAUUUGCUAGAACGCCUCCAUGCGUCCUUCUUCUUCUAUCUUCUUUUGAGUCCAACGACCUUUCUCAAGAUAGGAAGCUACCUUCCCAGCGUCAUCUUGAUCAGUACGGCGAUGAUGUUCGCAGGGCUAAGAGAGUGGGUCAAUGCAGGCUGGAUCUGGACAGUGGAACAUCCCGAUCCCGGUGACGAACAUAACAAGGAGACAGCGGCUUCAUCUGGGAGCGGAAAAUGGACACGACGACACAGGCCGGUGUUGGAGGCACUGAGCCUCAUGAUAUCCACUCAUGCAGCAGGAGUCGUGCUUUUCUUUGCCAUCAGCAGCCCUUGGUUUGUAGACUACAAGGACGACAAACUGUCUACUUUAGAACUGCUCUUCAGAACGAUGCAUGUUCUUGCCAUGACGAUCAUGAUAUCCUCAAAACCGCCACCGCCAGACGCUCCACUUCCUGUCCUCCUAAAGUCCCUCAACCUCUGCCUAGCCUCCGCAGUCAUCUCGAUCAUCGCCGUUUUGAACUUCUCCCUCGCUGCACUUCUGGCUGUCUUGUUAGGCCUGCCAUUGUUCCUUGCUGCCUCAGAGCAUGCUUUCUUCACUCGGUUCGCAAUUCUCAUUGUGCAUUACUACCUCGGGUGGAUAUUAUUCAGCCCAGCCGAACUACGUCAGGCAGUUUGGAAUUGGCAGGUGUUGGGCGGGUGGUUUGCACCCUUCGUUUGCGUAGUAUAUGCCCCAUUGAUGCUUCAGGCAGCAUGUGCUUGCCUCUUGUCUAGAAUCAGAACAGUGUAG